AUGAAGUCGAUUCUUUGGACCAGUAUCUUCCUGGCAGCAGCUUCAGCGCUACCGACUACCCUUUACGGCCGUCAAUCGAAUGAGACUGCACCAGCAGUACCAGAUUCCAUCACCCGUAUUCGCCUCAACCCAGCAAAAGUGCGUGACUCGGGCGACACCGAUUUCACCACCUGGACCGUAAUCGAGGGCCCAUCUUCAAAGUUCAUCACCAACGACACCGGCUUAUCAUUUGCUCUAUCCGCAUCAAGUGGUAAACUCAACGGCAACUGGAACAAAGCUGUGUAUACCAGGAUCAUCGCCUCUCUGGGCGAGCGCGUUAUUGGCGAGGGCAUUUCGACCAUUGCUGACAACGGAGACAACGUCGGAGGCGUUGCAAUCAAAUUGAGCAUCUCUGGUCUAUCAGCUGGUGAACACUCCAUUUUAGCAUGGCACAAUGCGUGGGACGCUCUGAAGACUGCUGCUUCUUUGACGGUGACAGUCAAUGGCAAGGAAGCCGCUAAAGGCAUCAAGCAGUCAAUCCGUACCGACAACAUCUGGGAGGCUGCUUCUUCUUACACCACAUUCACUGUGAACCAGAGUGAGGCAGUUGAAAUUGUGUAUACUCCCGACACUGCCGGAGAUGGACGGGCAUUCUUGAACGGAUUUGAAAUCGACAGCCCGUCCCUCGAAAACCAGAUUAGUUUCCCCACACCAGUUCACCGCGACGAGCGAGUUGUCCCUGUUGAGAACAGUACCGACCUCUCUGCAUCGUGGAAAGCUGCCAAGACUGUAGGUGCCCUCUACAAUGUCUAUCUCGGUACCUCACCUACUGAGCUUAAGAGCGUCGCGACGGGUCUAUCAGAGCCAAGCACGAUGCUAGAUGAUAUCAGCACGCAGGAAACUUACUACUGGCGCGUCGACGUUGUCUCAGGCAACAGCAUCUAUGCUGGACGUAUCUUCACUUUCCGUGCAGCUCAGCUCGCAUUCCCUGGAGCCGAAGGCUAUGGCCGAUUCGCUCGUGGCGGAAGAGGCGGUAACGUGCUCCAUGUCACCUCUCUCGAAGAUAGCUUAGACGAAGGCACACUCCGAAAUGCUUUAACUGUUGCUAAAGGUCCUCGCACCAUCGUCUUUGAUGUGGGUGGUGUUAUUACGACGAAGUCUCGCAUCUCGGUUAGCGGUCAAUACAUCACUCUCGCUGGCCAGACAGCACCUGGGAAGGGCAUAGUCAUCCAGGGCUUUCCGUUGGGCCUCACUGGUGCCACUGACGUGAUCCUGCGUCAUAUCAGAGUACGCCCUGGGAAAGUCUCAAAUCAAACAAUUGACGGGAUGGGAAUGCAAGGUUCCAACCACGCCAUUUUCGACCGGUGCAGCAUGGGUUGGACAAUUGAUGAAUCCUUCUCUUCUCGCGACGCAAACAACAUCACUUUCCAACGCAACAUGAUCAGUGAACCUCUCAACAUCGCAGGACACAAAAACUAUCCAGUUGGAACUGCUCACGGAUUUGCUGCCUCGAUUGGUGGUGAAGUCGGUUCCUUCCACCACAACCUGAUUGCGCAUGCUGAAGGACGCAGCUGGAGUAUGGCUGGUGGCGUGGAUGACAACGCUGCUUUUGCUGGCAAGCUUGACAUCCGCAACAACGUUGUGUACAAUUUUGGGUCACGUGUGACCGACGGUGGAGCCCACCAGGGUCAGUUUGUUUCGAACCUGUACAAGCGGGGACCUUCGUCGAAACUCACAUACACUCUGCGCGCGCAGUACGAGGACGACAUGCCAGGUUCUCAAUCUUACUACUGUGCCGGAAAUGCUAUGCCGGGCAUCUUCGACGAGGAUAGCGAGCAGUACGUUGGAGACGGUAUUGGCAAGAAGACCAAUGUCGCUUGUUGGGCCGAUGUUACGAUCAACAACGUUACCUACCAGAAGUUCCACGACAAGCCGUUUUUCGAGAGCUUCGUUGAGACUCAGACUGCUUCCGAAGCGUAUAAGCGCGUUCUGAGCGACAGCGGUGUAUCACAGCCAGUUCAGGACAGUCAUGAUAAGCGCAUCAUCAAGGAGACACUCACUAACACCACCACAUACACCGGCAGCGUUGGCGGAAAGAAGGGUAUUAUUGACAAUCCCAAAGAUGUUGGUGGUCUUGAGGACUUCCCCACGGUGAAGAGAAGCGCUUCGUGGGAUGUAAACGGCGACGGUAUCGCAGAUUGGUGGGAUGGCUCGACGGGUGGUGAAGGCUAUGAUGUUAUCGAGGGUUACCUGAACUUCAUGGCCGAUCCUCAUUCAUUUGUAGCCCCGUCUUCUUCGGUCAAGAUCGAUCUCGCUGCUUUGGCUGCUGGUUUCUUGAAGCCUAGCUUCACCGUCGAAGGUGCGACUUUGGGGGCGGUUGAAGUUUCAGGCUCAACAGCUACGUAUACCUCGAAGGGAGCUGGCAUUGAGCGUCUGACUGUCUCCAUCGAGGACUCUGAAGGUAGUAAGUGGUCGAGAUCGUUCGGUGUUGCUGUGUUCGAAGGCGCAGCCGACGCGGAGUGA